AUGGAGUUGGAUGCGACAUUGCAAGGAAUUGUUUCAGCCAUCGGUGGUUUUGAUUACUCAAAGUCAGAUUCGCCUUAUGUUCUAGGAGAAGAUGCUUUAGGUUGUUUGAAGGAUUUAAAGCGAUAUCUUCAGAUUAUCGAUGAAAAGUACAAAGUUUGGCAAGUUCGAUUUUUGCUAUCAAAACUCCGUGUAGUAGCUAACGAUUUAUGCCCCAUUCUUGCUUGCUGGGAUAGAAAUAUUGAAGACUAUAAACACUGGAGGAUAGCUUUGGCGGCCUUGGAAUUACUUGUUCCAUUAACCUGGCCGUUGGAAACCGAACAGGAAACUUACAGAGAGAAUGUCGAUGUACUAAAGAAUUUACAACAAGCUCAAAAUGAUUAUAAAUCAUGUAUAUUAAAUUACAAGGAUGGGUCUGUUUUAAAAUCAAUUUUGGCUGUGCUAUUGAAACCGUUGAGCACAAGCAAAGAGUCGCGAAGUGUGCGCGAUAAUGGAGUCAUUAGAAUUACGCUUCUUCUCUUGAGAAAUUUAGCUCGGAUUAACGAAGAACAAACAAAAAACGAGACUAUCCUAGCUUUGCAAAAGUCCAACAUGUUAGAUCUCUUAGUUACAUUGACAUCGAAUUUAUCUGAAUUUGAGCAUGUUGACAUCUAUAUUCUUGAAAUCAUAUAUUACCUUAUUCGAGGGAUUCGGCCCUCUCGACUUUUUAAAGUCGCAGAUGAUAAUCCUACAAAACAUAAUCAGCAGGAAUUGAAUGAGUUGCUCCAAAAGGAAUCUAAUCAAUCUCGAUAUUUGAAGCGCAAUGCUAAUACUCGUCAUAAUCGCUUUGGCACAAUGAUUUCGAUUCAAGCAGAAGACCGACGUUUCACAAUUGCAAGUCAAAAGGUAAAAACUGGAGGUCUCGACGAACUGGAUAAUUUAAAGAAACAUAGAAAACGAAGCACUAGGAGAAAACACUUCUCUGUAGUACUCAAUUCGAAUGCAUGUGAGAAUAUCAAAUACUUUUUGAAAGAAUUUCUUGAAGCUGGUUUUAAUCCCCUUGUCCAGAAUAUAUUACGAGCUCUGGAGAGAGAAGAUUCGAAACUAUUCUCAUAUCAUAAAACACAAUUUAUGUUUUUGCAAGCAUUUUUCUUGGAAUCUUUCAAAUUUGUAACUAAGAAUGAUCACAAUGAAGAUAUAUAUUCGUAUGACUAUGACUACGGAUUAAUAUCUUCUGUAUUAGAAUCUCGCAACUUGAUUAUGCACCAACGGAUCUUGGUAGAAUCUCAAGAGAUGAAAUUAUGGUCUCAAUUUCAAGCAUCAAUGCUUCUAAUGAGUAGAAUCCUAUCAACUGUUCGUUUUAUGUCGUUGUGUUCAAUACCUACCUACCAAGACCUAGCUGAUCAUAUAUUGUCUAAUUUGUUUUAUCAAGAAGAAAUCUUAAAUAUCAUUUAUCAUGCCUUGAAAAGUUUUAAAACACAAUCGUUCGGUUAUCUUGAAGCAAUCACUGAAUUGACAAUGAUUUUGUUGAAAGAGUUGGAAAGGUAUUCCAGUGCAAAACAAUUCAUAUAUGUGAAAAGUCGACGAAGGCAACAGAAGUCGGCAAAAUCGGAUUUACCAGAAUCUGACGAAGAUGAGGAAGGCUUAUCGAAAAUAGCAAACGAUACUGUCCAAGACAGGCUUUUCGAUGUCAAUCGUUUCCAAUCAAGGUAUUGCGAUAAUCAUUGCAUAAAUACCUUUACGUUGUACUUAAAAUGCUACCAAGAGCUUACUCCUGAGCAAAUACAUAGGGCUAUGUCUUUCUUUUAUUUAAUUUUUGUGAAAUUGAAAUGUCAAGUGUACUUAUACCGGCUUGACUUCCUUUAUUUAUUGGAGCACAUGUAUGAAGACAAAGUUUACUUUCCUCCCUCUCAUCCUCAAAGAAAGGAAUUUGACCAAUUUUUUAUUUAUUACAUGCGAAAACUUUCAGAAGCACUAACUAGGACUCCGGCUAUAUUUCUUGAGAUUCCCUUCCCUAAAAUGACUGAUACCUUUUAUUAUUUACAAUAUGGCAAAAUACCUAUACAGAUAAGUCAUGUCGGUAGGAAAGGGCCAUUGUAUGAUACCGUUCAAGGAUUGUCUCACGUUGAAAAAGUUGCAGCGGUUAUCGCUUGCUUAAUUAAUGAGAAUAAAGGUGAUAUUCUUGACGAAUUAAAAACACAAAUAAACUGCAUAAUAGCAGAAAAACAACUUUACGAGCUUAAAAAUGCUAAUGAUGCCGUACCGAAAGAUGAAGAUCAACCAGGUAUAAUCAAACUUAAAGGGGACACACAAGUUUUCGACGAUGCUCUUUUAAAAGAUGGAAAAUUUCGUUUACUUUUAAGUCUAUUUGGUUUUCAAGAAUUUGAAGAAGUAUCUGCCGACGCAUUAUGGUAUGUACCACAUGAGUUAUCUUACAAUGAGCUUAUGGAGUCUUCAAAAUUACUACGCCGCUUUACAGAUGACCCUCCUACAUUUGAAGGGAUCAAUCCUGAUAAUUUGCUAGUGAGAAAACAAAGAGGUAAAGCAAGGCUACCUUCUAGCAGCGAAUCUGAAACAGAAUCAGAACAAAGACCACCAGAGUCGGACGUCGAGGAUUUGAGCGAUCAUAAUGAAUUCGAAAAAGAUGAUCCUUUAACGUUUGGUACUCGUAAGCAAGCAUUUGAAAAGAUAGCGAAGAAAAGGAAGAUGGGUAAACAAAAAGUAUCAAAGAACAGAAAGCUUAACCCAUCCAAAGAACUGCGACUGCGUUCGGCAAAAUUUAUAGUUGAUUCUGAUGAAGAUUCAGAUACCGAAGCAGCUUUUUUUAAGGCCGAAGCGGCUUUACGUGAAAGAAAUGCUGCUAAAGCUAAAGAAAGUUCAGCAUCUGACGAAACAAAAAGAGAAGUCUUACAAGAACUACAAUUACAAAAUUCGGAAGAAUCUGAGUAA